CUGAGGCCUUGCGGGUCUCCAUGUGAUUAAAAACCCAAGAUGAUCUUCUACAUCCACCCUCCGCUGUUGGACGUUCCGCUGGAUCUGCUGCGGGACAUUUGCUGCAAGAGGAUGGCGCUCCUGAUCAAGAUCGACGCGUCCGAAGGCGACGUCGAGGCCAUCCGACGGGUCCUCGAGCAGGACGACACCUGUCACGAGUGCCUCCACGAGGGCACCACGGAGGACCUCGUGUCGCACUUUGUCGUCAGGUCCGUCCUAGUGACGCAGCGGUCGGCGCUCGAACACGUUGUGCGUGCAGAGGCCAUGCUCUUCCGCUACCGUUUUGAAAAACUUUCCUGGGACGAGAAAUGGGGCAUCCUUGGGCACAUCCGCGAAGAGGUGCAAUUGACGCUGGGAUGCAAGCUCGCCCAGGACUAUCGGAACGUUCUCGAAACGUUGACCAAGGUCCUCGAUGCAAUGUUCGGAAAAUGGGACGACAUCAGCCACGACAGGGAGUUCCAAGUUCAAGUUCCCUUCGAGCACGCCCUGUCGUUGGUAAGCACCCGCAGCGUGACGCUCAACAGAGGAAUCGCCACGGUCAUGACGCCUUUUCUGGGCCAACUCUUGACGUGCCUGUUUGAGGAAACGCUCCGCCGGGGAAUCGAGCACUUCGGACGUUCGGCCAACUUCCGCCAGCUGUUUCAGGACAAGCGGAUGGUUGAGCUCGCAAACGUCUUGCAGGACCUCGUGAGCAAGAAGCACUCGCAUCAGGUGGGACGGGGACUGCUGCUUUGGUCCCAGGUGGCUGCAGAAUCUUUCUGGUUCCCGCCCUGCAUGGCCAAGAUGUAUUCAAUGCUCCUCAGGGAAAACAGGCUUCCCCACGAGGAUAGGUUUCGCCUGACGCUGUUCCUCAAGGAGCUGGGGCUUCCAGUGUCCGAGAGCCUGCUCUUGUGGGGCCACUUCUACAGCCAGCGGCCGGGGCGGGGGGCCACCUGCGGCCACGGCUGGCAGACGCACAACCGCCAGCUGCGCUACAGCGUGUGCCACAUGUAUGGCCUUGAGGGGGCCCGCAAAGACUACACCGCCCACGGCUGCCGCCAGCUGCAGGACACGGACCACUGCCCCUUCGUGGCCGGGGCGGGCCCCGGGGACUUCGGGACGGACGGAUCCCUGUCGGCUACGGACAUGGAGGACCUCGGCCGGCUGUGCCAAGACGGGAGAGCGUCUGCGGCGUGCAGGCUGCACCUGGUGCGCUCUGCACGGCCACUGUGCCCCGAAGGCAUUGACCUCAUGGACCUGGACGACGCCCAAGGCUCGUCGGUGCACUUCCAGAAGCCGUCUCAGUACUACCACACCUUCAAGAGUUUGGUGGACCAACUCGGAGGACAGUCUGAUGCCGACGUGGACUGAGUGCGUGAUUGGAGGGACGAGUGCUCGUCGAAGAGAGGCUGGCAAUCGAACCUAGCCCGGUUCGGGAGAUGUGCGCGUUGCCGAAAGUUCGGUGGAUCUGAGGCGAAGCGCCUGUCUGUUCGGCGGGUUCGAAUCUCAGCCGAGGUGCCCACAAUCCGACAGAAGUGCGUUGCGGAGAAGGUGCCGUCCGAUUGAGAUUUCGUGUGCGCAUCAAAAGCUCCCCCCACUCUUGGGUGUUUGAAAUUAAUCCGCGACUCUCCGCCGGGCGUGCCGGAUGCCCUUCAUAGGUUUGGUACGUAAAAACCCCAAAUAUGCUUACCGAAAGUUUGGCAUUUCGAAACACUGCCGCAGCUGUUUGCCUAAAGUGGGUGGAUUGAUUUUGCCGACCUUCGACACAAAGUUGCUACUAGUGCGUGGGGUUCUCACGCUGUGAUCUCAGGGAUGCGAACCUAGGCAUGUUUUUCCAGUUUGAGCGUAACUUAACCAUGGUUGCGUCGUGCAUCGAUGCACUAUAAACUGGACCCACUCCCACCCUUUCCCCCCCAACAUCUGCAAUAACCUUAAUCACAAAAACCCGAGACAAAGGAACAAAUGGAGAACAUGUGUGGGCUUUGCAACUACUUCGUUCGAAAAUUGUCAAGGGGGAAGGCUCCUUCGCUCUCACUCAAAGUAGCUAGAGGUUCCUUAAGAUCAUAAAGAUUGGGAUCCACUGCCGACCACAGGAGAGAAAUCGGAUAACAUGGCUUGCAUCGACGUCGCGUCAGCCGCCAUUGCUCCGUACCAUGUUCCUGUGUACGUACCUUUCGCAGCAAACAUUUGGCAUCAUCGAUCCUGUUCCUUUCUAAACGGCUUGCCAAGAAGAACAAAUUCGAUUUUGCGAGAUGUAUGCAGAAGGUAUGGGCUCAGGAGCAUGGUACGGAGCAAUGGCGGCUGCUAUGGUGCCAUAUGUCACGUGCAACGCAUGUAUAUGGUUGAAACUCGAUUUUAUGAGUACAGAAUUACCCCACAGAUUUUCAUAGGGCUCCAUGCAUUUAUGAACUCGAAAUAAUGAACUAAAUUUGACCGUCAACACAAUCUAACAAAUCCAUAAAAAAAAAAAAAAAAGGGUAAUUUUGGGUGUAUUUUGUUUAAAAUGCCUGAAAGUUUGUUGCUGGCAUGCCGGCGUAAAGGGUGCGCGACCCUAUAUGCCGUUUCACAUUAACUUGGCCAACUGUGGAGGCUACGGCCCCCGCGACUCAAUAGGAGAGUCUGAGCGAGGCACGUGACAACACGUCACCGAAGCAUGUAUGUCAUUGUGUCCCGGCUGUCGUCUGCUGGCCAAGAGUUGUCUGGUGCGAAACCAACCAACUUCGGAUGAACGCCCACCGCUGCAACAUUGCCGUCUGCUAAGGUAAUGAUCUCUUCGGGAACAGUUUAUGAGACAACCGUACGCUCAAUAAGUCACCAACGUUUGAGCCGGAAGUUUCGUCAUUUGAAACAAGGCGUUGCGUGAUUUCAUGCUUCCAGUUUGUCUGGUGCCAGUUGUGGUUCGUUCAGCUGCAUCGAGAGCCCUUC